GGCGGGGGCGCCGGCCCGGCCCGGCCCGGCCUUCCUGGGCGCCCCGCGCGCCGCCUGCCCUCGCCGCCCGCCGGCCGGGAGCGGGCCCGCGUCGGGACCGCCAUGUCGGGGGCCGGGUAGCCCCCGCCGCUGGCCCGCUGGCCCGCCAGCCCGCCUUCGCCCUGCAGCCCGCGGGCCGGCGGGGAGCGCGGGGCGGCAGGUAGGGGCGGCGGGCGGGGCGGCCAGCUGUGCCCUGCGUGCACAUCUGGUUCCGCUUCCUUCGCCCCGGGGAAGUGAAAGUGGAGGGCGGGCGGCGGCGCGCGGUGUCCCCCAGCCUGCAGCCUCGUGCCCGGGUCACGCGCCCCCUCCCCGGGCUGCUCACGCCGGAAUCCCCCCCGGACCCGCGAGGGGACACCAGUUGGUGGAUCCUGCACCCCGCGCGACCCCCGGUGCAGCCCACCCGGCGCGGGGGGCUCCCGCUCGUUUGCAGGGCCUGAGGGACGUGGCUGCGCCCCAGAACUAAAUCCGGAGGCUGACGCGGACUCCUGGCCGCACCUCCCAGUCGGGGUGCUAAAUUUAGCCGGAAUUGGGGUGUGUGCAUGUGGCCGGCAGGCUCUUGAGGUCCCCUGACUUCCCUGGGCAAUGGUGGGGGUGACGGGGCUGCACCCCGGGCCGACCUGCCUCCUCUGCAGCUCCGUCACAGGUGUGGGCUCUCAGCUGGUCACGGUGAGGCGAUUUAACUGCACCCCCACACCAGCAGCCCCCCCACCCCUAAGCUGACUUCCGCUGAGCUGUAGCUUCCCCCUCCACUGUUUGAGGAAGUCACCUCCCUUCCCCUAGCGAGCACCCCACUGCCUCCUUCCUCUGCAUCGGGUCACCGUCUUGUUCUUUCCCAGCAUCUGUACCCCGGGGCUCCCCUGGACCUCUGGGGUUCCUGCUGUCUGGGGCUGGGCCAUGGAGGCAGAUGCCAUGAACGAGGGGGGGGCCAUGGCGGAGGAGCGGCCCCCCCGACUGGUGGAUUACUUCGUGAUUGCUGGGCUUGCUGGCAACGGAGCACCCAUCCCUGAGGAGACCUGGGUUCCUGAGUCCAGUGGGCCCCUGCGCCCUCCCCGGCCAGCAGAGCCCAUCACUGAUGUGGCUGUCAUUGCCAGGGCCCUGGGCGAAGAGGUGCCCCAAGGCUAUACCUGCAUCCAGGCUUCGGCUGGGGGCCACCCUCUGGAGCUCAGCAGCGGGCUCCUGGGAGGGACACAGCCUGUCAUUUGCUACCGCAGGGGCCGGGACAAGCCCCCCCUUGUGGAGCUGGGGGUGUUGUAUGAGGGGAAGGAGCGCCCCAAGCCUGGCUUUCAAGUGCUGGACACAACACCCUACAGUCACUCAGCCAACCUGGCCCCCCCAGGCCCCGGGCACCCCCGCACCUACCUCACUUACCGGCGGGCAGCAGAGGGCGCUGGGCUGCAUGCCCUGGGCAUCACCGACCUCUGCCUGGUGCUGCCCAGCAAGGGUGAGGGUACCCCUCACACGUACUGCCGGUUGCCUCGCAACCUCAACCCUGGCAUGUGGGGCCCAGCAGUAUACCUGUGCUACAAGGUGGGCCUGGCCAAGGCCAACACACUGGUGUAUGAGGCAGAGCUGCUGGGCCGCUACCCAGAGGAGGACAAUGAAGCAUUCCCGCUGCCUGAGUCCGUCCCUGUCUUCUGCCUGCCCAUGGGGGCCACUAUUGAGUGCUGGCCUGCUCAGACCAAGUACCCUGUGCCCGUCUUCUCCACCUUCGUGCUCACAGGUGCAGCUGGUGAUAAGGUGUACGGUGCUGCUCUGCAGUUCUAUGAGGCCUUCCCAAGGGCCAGACUAUCGGAGCGUCAGGCACGGGCGUUGGGUCUGCUGAGUGCGGUGGAGCGGGGACGACCGCUGGAGGGCCGGGCAGUGCGCAGCCGCCGAGCCAUUGCAGUGCUGUCCCGCUGGCCUGCCUUCCCCGCCUUCCGAGCCUUCCUCACUUUCCUCUACCGCUACUCUGUCUCGGGCCCCCACCGCCUACCCCUGGAAGCGCACAUCUCUCAUUUCAUUCACAAUGUCCCCUUCCCUUCUCCGCAGAGACCUCGCAUCCUGGUGCAGAUGUCUCCCUAUGACAACCUGCUCCUCUGCCAGCCUGUGUCAUCCCCCCUGCCCCUCAGUGGUGCCAGCUUCCUGCAGCUGCUACAGAGCCUGGGCCCCGAACUGGCUGUCACACUGCUGCUGGCUGUGCUGACAGAGCACAAACUGCUUGUCCACUCGCUGCGGCCAGACCUCCUCACCAGUGUCUGCGAGGCCCUUGUGUCUAUGAUCUUCCCAUUGCACUGGCAGUGCCCCUACAUCCCAUUGUGCCCGCUGGUGCUGGCUGACGUGCUGAGUGCCCCUGUGCCCUUCAUCGUGGGUAUCCACUCUAGCUACUUUGAUCUACAUGACCCACCCUCUGAUGUCAUCUGUGUGGACCUUGACACCAACACACUCUUCCAGACUGAGGAGAAGAAACUCCUCUCCCCUCGGACCCUGCCCCGAAGACCUUAUAAGGUCCUGCUAGCCACACUGACAAGCCUGUACCAGCAACUGGAUCAGACAUACACCGGUCCCGAGGAGGAGGCCUCCUUGGAGUUUCUGUUGACGGACUACGAGGCAGUAUGUGGCCGGCGAGUACGGCUGGAGCGUGAAGUGCAGGGAGCCUUUCUCCGCUUCAUGGCCUGUCUGCUCAAGGGUUACCGCAUCUUCCUGCGGCCGCUCACCCAGGCCCCCUCGGAGGGGGUUCGAGAUGUGGACAACUUAUUCUUCCUACAGGGGUUAUCACUGGGGCUCAGUGCUGGCACUACAAAUCCACUGCUUCUGGAGGCCAUUUUCCCCCCAUUUUAUUGGAUAGGACAGAGAGAAGUUGUGAGAGGAGGGGAGAUAGAGAAAGAAGAAGACUUUCUAAAGUCCCGGGAGCGUUCCAGCCACAAGCUGUACUCACAGCUGCUACACACACAGAUGUUCUCUCAGUUCAUUGAGGAGUGCUCCUUUGGCUCAGCUCGGCAUGCCGCCCUCGAAUUCUUCGACUCUUGUGUUGACAAGGUUCACCCUGAGCAAGAGAAGCCUGAGCCCACACCUUUGGUGGAGCUAGAGGAACUGUCGGGAAGUGAGCUCACUGUCUUCAUCACACCCCCCGAGGAACCUGCUGUGGCCCCCGAGGGCAGCGACCCCCUCCCUCAAUACUGCUAUGACGGGUUCCCAGAGCUGCGGGCCGAGCUGUUUGAGUCUCCCCAGGAGCAGGCCGGGGCUCUACCUGUUCCUGGUUCAUCCCGUAGCGCACCCAGCAGCCCUGCCCCCCGCCGUACCAAACAGGAGAUGAAGGUGGCGCAGCGGAUGGCACAGAAGUCAGCAGCUGUGCCUGAGCUGUGGUCCCGCUGCCUGCUUGGCCACUGUUAUGGGCUGUGGUUCCUGUGCUUGCCCGCCUAUGUACGCUCGGCGCCAUCCCGGGUACGCGCCCUGCACACAGCCUACCACGUGCUGCGCCAGAUGGAAAGCCGCAAGGUGGUGCUGCCCGACGAGGUGUGCUACCGGGUGCUGAUGCAGCUGUGCUCACACUAUGGGCAGCCUGUGCUGUCCGUGCGCGUCAUGCUUGAGAUGCGGCAGGCGGGCAUUGUACCCAACACCAUCACCUACGGCUAUUACAACAAGGCAGUUCUGGAAAGCAAGUGGCCGUCUGGCACGCCUGGUGGGCGCCUCCACUGGGCCAAGCUGCGGAAUGUGGUGCUGGGGGCUGCACAGUUCCGCCAGCCCCUUCGGGAACGGCGCCAGCAGCAACAGAACCAGGAGCAGGAAGAGGAGGCACAGGAGGCAAGAGGCUCUCAGACAGAACCUUAUCUAGAGGGCCCCUCCCCAACUCGCCCUCUCCAGCGUCAGACCACUUGGGCUGGGCGAAGCCUCCGGGACUCAUCUUUACCCACAGGGCGCCUGGUGAAGAGUGGCAGCCUGGGCAGUGCCCAAGGGGCCCAGCCCACAGUGGAGGCUGGUGUAGCUCACAUGAUAGAAGCCUUGGGGGUCCUGGAGCCCAGGGGACCACCUGUGCCCUGGAAUGAUGGAAGCCUCUCAGACCUGAGCCUGACUGGGGAGGAGAUGGCACCAGGGGGCAGCCCGGGGGGCUUGGGCUCAGCCCUGAAUGCUCAGUCCAUGGAGGCCCUGGAAGGGCCUAGUGGACGGGCGCCCAAAACUGGUGGGCGUCAGGAGGAAUCCAGCACCCCUAGAAGAGGGCUGGGUGCCCGCAUACAGCAGCUGCUCACACCUUCACGCCGUGCCCCUGCUUCUCGUGGCCCCCCACCUGAACUGCCCCCUGAUCUGCCUCUCCCAGCUCGUCGCAGCCCCAUGGACAGCCUACUGUGCCCCCGGGAGCGCCCUGGGUCCACCGCCUCCGAGAGCUCUGCCUCUCUGGGCAGUGAGUGGGACAUCUCCGAAUCAUCCCUUAGCAGCCUGAGCCUUCGCCAUUCCUCUGAGCGCCUCAGCGAAACCUCUGGAGCUUUGCCACCGCCUUCCCUGGAAAUCCUGCUCUCCAGCUGCUCCUUGUGCCGCGCCUGCGACUCGCUGGUAUAUGACGAGGAGAUCAUGGCUGGCUGGGCACCUGAUGACUCCAACCUCAACACUACCUGCCCUUUCUGCGCCUGCCCCUUUGUGCCCCUGCUUAGCGUCCAGACCCUGGACUCGCGACCAAGUGCCCACAAGCCUGCCCCCGCAGGUGCCAGCUGCAGCAAAGAUGCCCCUGUCCCUGGGGGCCCAGGUCCUGUGCUCAGCGACCGCAGGCUCUGCCUUGCCCUGGACGAGCCCCAGCUCUGCAAUGGGCACAUAGGGGGUGCCCCCCGGCGUGUCGAGGGUGGGGCAUGGGCAUAUCUGAGCCCCUUGGUGCUGCGUAAGGAGCUGGAGUCGCUGGUAGAGAAUGAGGGCAGUGAGGUGCUGGCAAUGCCAGAGCUGCCUGCUGCUCACCCCAUCAUCUUCUGGAAUCUUCUGUGGUACUUCCAGCGGCUGCGCUUGCCUAGCAUUCUGCCAUGCCUGGUACUGGCUUCUUGUGAUGGGCCCCCAGCUGCCCAGGCCCCCUAUCCUUGGCUGACUCCUGACCCAGCCUCUGUGCAGGUGCGGCUGCUGUGGGAUGUCCUGACCCCUGACCCCAGUAGCUGCCCACCUCUCUAUGUGCUCUGGAGAGUCCACAGCCAGAUCCCCCAACGGGUGGUGUGGCCAGGCCCCACACCUGCCUCCCUUAGCAUGGCGCUGCUGGAGGCUGUGCUGCGCCACGUUGGGCUCAAUGAAGUGCACAAGGCUAUUGGGCUCCUGCUGGAAACCCUGGGGCCACCUCCUUCUGGCCUGCACCUCCAGAGGGGCAUCUACCGUGAGAUCUUAUUCCUGACUAUGGCAGCUCUGGGCAAGGACCACAUGGACAUAGUGGCCUUCGACAAGAAGUACAAGUCUGCCUUUAACAAGCUGGCCAGCAGCAUGGGCAAAGAGGAGCUGAGGCAACGGCGGGCACAGAUGCCCACUCCCAAGGCCAUCGACUGCCGGAAAUAUUUUGGAGCACCUCUGGAAUGCUAGAGAUCCUUAGGCCUUCUUCUCCAGCCUGGGGUGGGGAUGACUUACUUCCUUGUUCCUUUCAUAGAGGAGCUGGGAAGAAGCUGGGGCACCUGCCCAGCCACAGGCUCUGAGUGUGGUGGUGGGCACAGGAAGAGGGCCUACUGUUAGCAAAAGUGACUAGUCCCCUGUCUCCAGCCUGCCCAGUUUGCUCAUGUGAAUAUUGGACAGGGCCUGAGGGGAGUGGGCCCAGCUCUGUUCCUCCCCUCCUGUACCAGGACCUCCUCCAGGGUACCCACACAGACCUGUACUACCCUGGUCAUCUUAUAAGUUUUUGUUUUAAAAAACAACUGGAAAGUUACAGCGCUACUGAGCUUUAGCCCCAAAUGGGAAGGAGAGGUUUCCUUACCCACCAUUAUAGACCCUCUUUCCUGGAAUUGCUGAAGGAGCCUUUCUACCUUAGUGUUUGUAUUUUACCUUAAGUUAUUUAUUUUGGAGCCACGGCCCCCUUAAUGAGGUUCUUAUGGAUGGUGAGAAAGGGAACAGGGCACCACCAUCCACUGGUUUGUAGCUCCUUGAAAGUCAGAAGUGAGAGUAAAAGGAGCCUGAAGCUCCCCGCUAGGAAGAACAGGUGUCCCCUAUCUUUCUUGUCCACUCCACCAUCUUCAGGAAUGCCUCACUGACCCAGGGCCCUGACCUGUGCAAUAAGGAUUGUUUCUUGCAAAGUUCUGUUGUAUGUAAAUAUAGUAAAAGCUGCUUCUGUCUUUUUC